AUGGCGACCUUGCAGGAGAAACUUGACAAGAUAAAAUCUCCGAAGCUGCAGAACCAGCACUCUACAGCUAUAGUGCUUUCGGCAGUUGAAGAUACCCUCCGCGAACAGAAUGCCGACUUCACCGCAACCGCAUUCUUCGCCGCUCUUCUAGGCUUGCUCGGUCAGUCAGUGAGUUCCACCCAGGGCACAGUUGAUAAAGAGCCUAUUACUUCAAUCGUCUAUCUCCUCGACAUCACAUCUCCUUUCGUUCCGACUCCGUUACUCCGCGCCAAAUUUUCGCAAAUACUGGGCAGUCUCGUGCUGGUUCUCACAGCACCCGAUGCCGAAGCACCACUGCUGAGAUCUUCAAUCGGAUGCCUUCAAUCUCUUCUCGUGGCCCAGGAUGCAGCUUCUUGGGCUCUCCCUCAGUCUCAGAUUGGCCCGCGACGAGCGAUGGCGGGAUUACUAGCUUUAGCCGUUGAUCACAGACCAAAAGUUCGAAAGCGAGCGCAAGAUGCGCUAAUCCAUGUCCUAAAACAUCCUCCGCCAAGUCCAUCGUUGGACCAUCCAGCUGCGGAUAUGUGCGCGGAAACUGCUCUUAUGACACUAAGAGAGAGUGUAGCGGCGUCUGCAAAACAGAAGAAAGGGAAACAGGCGCAUCUACAACAAAAUCAGCACGAACCUGCGGUGAUACAUGCGCUACAUCUAGUCAAGACUAUUGCAACAGCGUCAGGAGGGUGGCCAAGCAAGAAGAUCGAAGCUUUAUGCGAAAUACUAAUGAACGUCUCAAAAUCGACUAAUGAAUUUUUAACGAUGGGAGCAUUCGAGGUGUUUGAGGUGAUUUUCGAGAGUAUGGCAGAUGAGUUUUCUUCGUCGAAACUACCCCGUCUAUUGGAAGCCAUUCGGGAACUGAAGCCUUCACAAAACGAUUCACAACUUCUUCCACCGUGGAUUGCGGUGCUCUCAAGAGGAUACGAUGUUUCUGCUCAAGUACAGCCGGAAGACACAUUCGAAAACUUGCCAGAACUGUUUGACCUUGUGGCCUCCUUCCUUACCUCCUCUUCGCAUAACAUCAGAAUAUCCGCUUCCGAAUGUCUCAUUUCAUUCCUUGCUAAUUGCAUCCCGGCUAGUGUCAUUGUCGAACCUUCUAUUUACGACGAAAAAACAUUGGAGAAGCUUUCAAAAACAGGGACAAGCCUACUCUCGGUCAAAUAUCAAACUGCAUGGGCAGAAGUCUUCGGCGUGCUGACAGCCAUGUUUGAGGCUCUGAGAUGGAGGUCGGAUCCCUUAUUGGCGGACGUUGUACGAACAGUUGGAGGUAUUAGAGCAAACGAAUCCUUCCACGGCAAGAAAGAAGCGGACAAAGUCCUCGGUGCUGCAGUUGGCGCCAUGGGCCCCGAAGCUGUACUUAAGAUUCUGCCAUUGAACAUAACACAACAGAAGGCCGGCGAACCGGGCCGUGUUUGGCUUUUACCUAUACUACGUGAUUACGUCUCUAAUACCCGCUUGGGUUACUUCCGGUCUGAGUUUGUUCCCCUCAGUGAAGCUUUAUUCCAGCGAGUACUUGAAUACGGAAAUGUUGAAAAGACAGUUGAAGUCAAAAUCUUCGAGACACUUGUUCAACAAACUUGGGCUACUCUGCCCGGUUUCUGUGAGCUGCCGUUGGAUGUCACUGAAGCUUUCGACCAGUCUUUUGCGGAACUUCUCUCAAACGUGCUAUAUAAGCAGGCGGAGCUCCGUGUGGAGGUCUGCAAAGCGCUACAGAACCUAGUCGAUUCAAACAAGGAGAUUGCGUCACUGGACACGGAAGCAGAUGAUCUCCUCCUCCAACGACGGAUUACGAAGGAAACAGCAAAGAAGAACAUUGCACAUCUUUCUGGCUUUUCAAGCAAUCUUCUUGCUGUGUUAUUCAAUGUCUAUAGCCAGACAUUGCCUCAAUUCCGAGGACACAUCCUGCAGUGCAUUAACGCUUACUUAAGUAUUACGCCGGAGCAGGAACUAAUUGAUACAUUUAAUCGAGUUACAGCGAUGCUUGAGGGCUCUCUUAAAGAAAGUGCCCAGGCGCAAGGAAAACAGAAAGGCACUGGAGACAAGAUGCCGCCAACGUCACAUACGCUGAUGGACCUCGUUGUCACAAUGUCUAUCUACCUUCCACGAGCAAGCUUUACAACUCUAUUCUCUCUUUCAGCUGUUGUACUCAAUACCGAAUCUUCUGACCCACAGUUAAUCAAAAAGGCGUACAAACUUAUACCUCGUCUGGCGACAACAGAAACUGGCGCUUUAGCUCUCAAAGAACGUAGCUCAGAGCUACAAUCACUUUUUAUCUCGACAGCCGACAAAACUCCGUCUCCAGCCCGACGAGAUCGGCUUGCGGCUGUCCAAGAGGUGGUAACUCACCUCCCCACGUCUGAUCUUCAUUUUAUUCCAUCCAUUCUCUCAGAAGUUGUCCUUGGAUGCAAGGAGAGCAACGAGAAAGCUAGAACGGCAGCGUUUACUCUCCUAAUUCAUCUCGCGAACCGCGUGUGUGAUCCCGAACUCAACCCUGCCGGUACUGUUAUUCGCAAUUCUCUCGUUCCUCAUAUGGCGGACGAUGCUCCUGAUGCUCCAGCAACCAUUGAAGAGUUUUUCACCAUGGUUUCUGCGGGUUUGGCUGGUAGCUCACCACAUAUGGUCGCUGCAUCUGUUAUCGCCCUAUCACGUCUUCUCUUCGAGUUCCACACCAAAUUGCCUCCCGCGAUGCUAUCAGAUCUUGUCCAAACGAUUGAUCUUUUCCUGACUAGCAAUAAUCGCGAGAUCGUCCGCGCAGUGCUGGGAUUUGUCAAAGUAGCGGUUGUCGCUCUUCCGGACGAGAUGCUCAGGCCACGUUUGCAGUCCCUAGUGCCAAAUCUCAUGGUCUGGAGCAAAGAGCACAAAGGGAGGCUCCGAAGUAAGGUAAAAGGCAUUCUCGACCGAUUAAUCCGGCGCUUCGGCGCUCAAGCCGUUGAGAGCCUCACUCCAGAAUCCGACCGCAAGCUCGUCGUCGCAAUCCGCAAGCAACGCGAAAGAAGCAAGCGGAAAAAGGAGCAAAGCAAAGAAGCAGGAGAAGAAGAGUCCGACCAAGAAGAAUCCCAAACCCGCAAAGCAGACAACGCAUUCAGCAACGAAUUCGACAAGGCCGUUUACGGAUCGGACCUGUCCGACUCAGACCUGGGCUCAGACUCCGACGACGCAAGUGAAAUCGAGAUUGACGCCGCAGGCAACAUGCACAAGCACAGCUCCCGCUCCAAAGAGAGACCCCAGUCCAAACCCAGCCGACAGAAGGGUAAGACCCACAAGGCGCCCGGCGCAGACGACGCGGGAAAACAAUACAUCCGCGAACUUUCACCCGAAUCCAACCCGCUCGAUCUCCUCGCUCCCAACGCCCUGGCGAACAUCUCCAGCACGAAGCCGUCCGUGCGCUUCCUGGACGCCAAGCGGGCGAAGAAACGCUCUGCACGCAUGGACGCAGAGGGUAAAUUACUCCUGGGCGACGACGUGCACGAUCACGACGGAGACACGCCUAUGGGCGGCGCCGCUGACAACGGCGGAGAAAAUAAUAACGCCGGUGAUGCAAUCAACGCGUACAUUGCUGCAGUCAGUGGGCCCGACGCCGUGCGCAAGGGCCAAAAGGGCCGGUUAAAAGUCAGUCAGAGUGGGGUUGGGAAGAAGAAGUCUGGUGGCGGUGAUGGGAUGGAUCUUGAUUCUGAUGGCGAGGAUGGCGGUGGUAGGAAGAUGUCAUCCGCGAGCGGAGCGGGGAGGAAUGAUGGUCGGCGCGGUCUUGGGAUGCCGAAGAGGAGCGGGAGCGGAGGUGGUGGGGCGGGAAGGAUCGAGAAGCGGCGGAAUGUUAAGGUGGGAAAGAGUGGGAGCGGGUUUAGGAGGAAGAGCGGAGGAAGGAGAUGA